AUGUUUUCAGAUGUCGUGACAAUCUCCACUUCGCUCCGUCGUGACAUGCACCUACUUCUCGUAUUAUCUACACUAAUCCUUAUUCAUCAGUCUCAUGCAGAGAUCCGCGUGAACUUUUGUGUGCUUCGUUGUAAGGAUAAUCACAUGCGUGAGAUGGACAAUGAAUGGUCAACCGAUUUUACGCUACCACUUCUCAAUCUUCUUCGAACCACAGGAAAUGAGACGGCAGCCUACCUCAAAGCGAAACUCAUAUGCGAGAGCAAUGCAGAGCUGGAGAUAUGCCUGAACAAGUGCAAUAAGUCACAAGAGUCCGCGAUUCUUCUAGCAGGCAUCAAGUCAUGGCAAGAUACCUGCGCACACCUUGACGAAGUGAAGGCGCAAUUUCCUUGCUGGCGAGAGAAUGGCUACGAGCUCUCACAGUCCUGUCGAGUUCAAACUGUGAAUCUCAAGGACAGUAUGCAACUUUUUGCGAAGAAUCAAUCCCAAGAAAACAUACAAAAUAUAUGCAGUGACUACGACAAAUUCUCAACGUGUUUCACGCAAGAGCAUGGAAAACUGUGCGGAUAUCGUUCGGAAGUUCUGACUGGACGAAUGUUUCACAACAAUCGCGAAGCGAUGUUCAAUAUGCUAAAAAUACGGUGGUCAACGCUUCCACCUCAAUGUGGCUACUCUCAUUUACGAAGAGAUACGUACUCAAGUGAAAAAUAUGCAUUUUUCAGAAAUUCUCAAUAUGUUACCUUGUUUACAGCGUAUUUCACAGUAUUUCUCGUAACAUGGUUAUACUAGUAACAGAUCAAGAUGUUUUUUUCGUAAACUCAGGGUAUGUUUGAGGUGUUCUUCCGGCACUUAUUCACGG